UUCCUUGACGACCAGCGCGCCACCAGCAGACGGAGGAGAUGCUGGCGUGGCGGUCUCGCAAUUCCCUGCAGUCCUUGCAGCGCCAGGGUCGGGAGCUGAAGCAGCAGGUUGAUAGUUUGCUUUCUGAGAGUCGAUCAAAAGGAGCUCUAGAAGCCGGUAAAAGACGAGAUAUUUACCAAAGAUGUAUCCAAUUAAAACAGGCAAUCGAUGAAAAUAAAAAUGCUCUUCAGAAAUUAAACAAAGCUGAUGAACCUGCACCUAUCGGAAACUAUCAUCAGAAAAAGGAGGAGGAGCUUCAUCUCUUGGAUAAGCUGACUCACCAACUGCAGGGGCUUGCCAUGUCCAUAAGUAGGGAAAAUAGAACUGAAAUUGAGGCACUAACUGAAAGAGAGGAAGAUGAUGCUUUUGCUGAAGAAGAUGAAGAAGAUGACGACGAUGAUGAAGAAAGUGAAGAAAGUGAUGGGGAAGAAGAAGAAAUGGGAGAGGAAGAGAAACAAGAAAAUGAAUACAUUGCUGUUGGAGAUUUUACUGGUCAGCAGACUGGGGAUCUUACAUUUAAGAAAGGGGAAAUUCUCCAUAUAAUUGAAAAAAACCCUGAUGGUUGGUGGAUGGGUAAGAAUGCCAAAGGAGACAAAGGUCUUGUUCCCAGAACCUACCUGGAGCCCUGUCAUAAAGAAGGCCCAGAAUCAAGUGAAGAAGGCAGUGAAGGAGAUGUGGCGUUGAGGGAUGAGACAGCAGAAGGAACACAAGUUAAACAAAGAACUGAUUCUCAUUGGAGUACUGUUCGAAAAACUCUCUCGGAGCAUGUUCAGCAGAUCAACACUGUUGAUGUGUUGACAACGAUGGGAGCCAUUCCUGCCGGGUUCAGGCCUUCCACGCUCUUCCAGCUUCUGGAGGAAGGGAAUCAAUUUCAAGCAAGUUACUUCUUACAGCCAGAGCUCACUCCUUCACAGCUGGCCUUCAGAGAUCUCAUGUGGGAUGCUAAGACAGGCACAAUUAGGUCAAGGACAAGCCGUGUUUCAUUGAUUCUGACCCUCUGGAGCUGCAAAAUGAUUCCUGUUCCCGGAGGGAGCAUCCAGGUUCUCAGCAGACAUGUGCGCCUCUGUCUGUUUGAUGGUAGUAAGGUUCUAAGCAACAUUCAUACAGUCAGAGCCACGUGGCAAACUAAAAAGCCCAAAACAUGGACCUUUUCUCCCCAGGUUACUGGCACCUUGCCAUGCUUGCUUGAUGGUGAUUGUUUUAUCAGGUCCAAUUCUUCAUCUCCAGAUCUUGGCAUAUUAUUUGAACUUGGAAUUUCUUAUAUUCGCAAUUCAACUGGUGAAAGAGGAGAAUUAAGCUGUGGCUGGGUAUUUCUUAAACUUUUUGAUGCAAGUGGAAUUCCUAUUCCAGCAAAGACUUACGAGCUCUUCUUGAAUGGUGGCACCCCUGCUGAAAAAGGUGUAGAAGUGGACCCGUCAGUAUCCAGAAGAGCACAUGGGAGUGUUUUCUACCAGAUGAUGACAAUGAGGAGGCAACCGCAGCUUCUAGUAAAACUGAGGUCUUUGAACAGAAGAUCAAGAGACCUACUGAGUCUACUGCCGGAAACAUUAAUUGGAAGUAUGUGCUACAUUCAUUUAUUGAUAUUUUAUCGCCAAAUUCUUGGAGAUGUACUCCUGAAAGACAGGAUGAGCAUGCAAAGUGCUGAUUUAAUCAGUAAUCCCGUACUGGCUACCUUCCCCCAGCUCCUGCAGCAGCCCGACGUGAUGGAUGCUCUCCGGUGUUCGUGGGCUGAGAAGGAAAGUACAUUAAAAAGAUCAGAGAAGAGAGACAGAGAAUUCCUGAAGGCUGUGUUUCUCCAGGUCUACCACGACUGCGCAGUCCCCCUUCUCCACUCCACACUCCUGCCCCCAUUCAGGUGGGCAGAAGAGGAGAGUGAGGCUGCGCGGUGGAAAGUCAUCACUGAUUUCCUGAAGCAAAACCAAGAAAACCAGGGCGCCCUCCAAGCUCUGCUGUCAUCAGAGGGAGUCCAUGAACCUUUUGACAUUUCAGAGCAGACCUAUGACUUCCUGGAUGAAGUGAGAAGAAAGCAGCUUGACGAUGGUGGCCAUGACCCUCAGCUGCCCUGAAUGCAGGUACAGAACCAGAAGUGCCUGCCACAUUGAACUCAGCCUUCCUCUUCUUUGUG